AUGGCGGCAACCAAUACAUCCAAGGCCCUUGACGGGUCCCGGGACGCUCCCCGGUCUUCGUCCGUGUCAGAUCCCUCUCCCGACGAGUUGAAGCUGGACCUGGAGAAUCAAAGUCGGAACGUUCAGUCCGACUCGGACACCGAUGAUGUGGGCCGUCAGAUCGAACUCGAGGCCGGGAAUUCGAUCAAGUACCGGACCUGCAGCUGGCAAAAGACUGCGGCCUUGUUGUUCUCGGAGUAUAUCUGUUUGGCGAUCAUGUCCUUCCCCUGGUCCUAUUCCGUCCUUGGUCUAGUUCCUGGCUUGAUCCUGACCGUGUUCAUCGCGGCUGUUGUGCUGUAUACCUCGCUCACGAUCUGGAAGUUCUGCCUGCGUCAUCCCCAUGUUCGUGAUGUGUGUGAUAUCGGUCAGCACUUGUUCUGGGACUCCAGGAUCGCCUGGUAUCUGACCGCGAUCAUGUUCCUCCUGAACAAUACCUUCAUUCAGGGAUUGCACUGUUUGGUGGGUGCGGAGUACCUCAACACAAUCACGGGCCAUUCGAGAUGCACCAUUGUGUUCUCCGUGAUCACCGCCAUCAUCUCUUUCAUCUUCUCCCUUCCCCGAACUUUCAGUACGCUGUCCAAGGUUGCGACAUUCUCCGCUUUGACCACCUUCAUAUCCGUCCUGUUGGCCAUGAUCUUUUCCGGCAUUGAAGAUCACCCUGCUGGAUACACUCCUGCGCAGGGAAACCCAAUCGUGACCGCCCUCCCGGUCAAGGGAACCACUUUCGUGUCUGCCAUGAGCGCUUUCCUCAAUAUCAGCUACACCUUUAUCGGGCAGAUUACCCUCCCCAGCUUCAUCGCCGAAAUGAGAGAACCUAAAGACUUCUGGAAGUCCGUCACGGCGGUGACAAUCGCCGAGAUUAUCGUGUUCAGUUUGGCUGGUGCCAUCAUCUACGUUUACACUGGCAACCAGUACAUGACAGCCCCGGCAUUUGGUUCGCUGGGCGACGAGGUGUACAAGAAGGUCUCCUUUUCCUUUAUGAUCCCGACCUUGAUCUUCUUGGGAGUGCUCUAUGCCUCGGUCUCGGCUCGCUUCCUCUUCUUCCGUCUUUUUGAUGGCACCCACCACAAGGGCAAUCAUACCGUGGUCGGGUGGGCCGCUUGGGCGGGUAUCCUUGCCUGUCUGUGGAUUUUGGCCUUCAUCAUCGCCGAAGUCAUUCCCUUCUUCUCUGACCUCCUCUCCAUUAUGAGCUCGCUGUUCGACUCCUUUUUUGGGUUUAUAUUUUGGGGUGUGGCUUACCUCCGAAUGCGGCGUGCCGAGUAUGGACCUGGGUUCUGGAAGAAACGGGGCCUUCGGGGUUGGUUAGGAGCCAUUCUCAAUGUUGGGCUAAUCGGCAUAGGAUUCUUCUUCCUCGGACCGGGAACUUAUGCCUCUAUUAAGAGCGUGAUCUUGAACUACCAAGCGGGAACUGUGGGUAGUCCAUUCUCCUGCGCCAAUAAUGGGCUCUAG